AUGAAAUAUGCCGGAAAAGGAAGCGGGCCGGAUGGCAUCGCUUACCCUGGCUCCAGCGGCAUCAAUGUUAUUGUCAUUGGCUUGGGUUACGCUGGAGUAACUGCAGCAAUAGAGUGCCAUCGGAAAGGCCACAAAGUUGCGAUAUACGAGCAGACUCAUGGUGUAUCAACAUUAGGUGAUAUGAUCGGGCUCUCCCCCAAUUCUGCAAAAAUCAUUGCGAAAUGGGAUAAUGGCAAGAUUCAUGAGCAAAUAAUACCACAUGCUGGUCAAUACAUCGAGAACAAUAUCUACAGACACGAUACUGGCGAGGUGUUAUAUCGCCAGCCCAUGGCCGGGUACUCGAGUUUCCAAGGGUAUCUGGCUCCACGACCACUACUCAUGAAAUUAUUCGUGGAUCACUGCCGGAAGCUUGGGAUUCCCGUCUUCUUUGGGCAACGGGUGACCGAAGUCUUCGAGGACGAAAAUGAAGCAGGGAUAAUUCUUCAAGGAACGAAGACGAGGAUAAAGGCAGACUGUGUGCUUGCUUGCGACGGCGUCCAUUCGAAGGCUCGGGGUAUUAUCACUGGUUGGCAGGACCGCCCUUAUCCCACAGGUUACGCCACUUAUCGGGCAUGGUAUAGUGCCGAGCUGAUACGUGACAAUCCUAAGCUCCAGUUCCGCUUCGAGGGAGACCAUUAG